CCUUCCACCAUGGCUCUGAAGAGAAUCCACAAGGAACUCAACGACCUGGCGCGGGACCCGCCAGCACAGUGCUCCGCAGGCCCUGUCGGGGAAGACAUGUUCCACUGGCAAGCUACAAUCAUGGGGCCGAACGACAGCCCCUACCAAGGCGGAGCAUUUUUCUUGACAAUCGAUUUCCCAACAGAGUACCCCUUCAAACCACCCAAGGUUGAAUUCACAACAAGAAUUUAUCAUCCCAAUGUCAACAGUAACGGCAGCAUUUGUCUUGAUAUUCUUCGGUCACAGUGGUCUCCAGCACUAACUAUUUCAAAAGUACUUUUGUCCAUCAGUUCUCUGUUGUGUGACCCCAACCCAGAUGACCCCUUAGUGCCUGAGAUUGCUCAGAUCUACAAAACAGAUAGAGAAGCGUACAACAGAACAGCUCGGGAGUGGACGCAGAAGUAUGCCAUGUAA